UAUGACGCACAAGUGGCGCCCGCUUCGUUACGGAUCAAUGCUAACUACUGCGGCUCUUUUGUUGUGAUUAGCCGUGUAGCGGUUGUGAUUCUGCAAUAAUAGCGCACAUUAUCACAUAAACGCUCUGCUGUGAAAAAUUACAAGAUGAGCGGCGGAGUGUACGGGGGUGAUGAGGUGGGAGCUUUGGUGUUCGACAUUGGCUCAUACACGGUCAGAGCUGGCUAUGCAGGAGAAGAUUGUCCAAAGGCCGACUUCCCCACGGUGAUCGGUGUGACCAUUGACCGUGAGGAUGGCACCACUCCCAUGGAGACGGACGGCGACAAAGGCAAGCAGAGUGGCACCACUUAUUACAUCGACACCAACCAGCUGAGGGUCCCGAGGGAGAGCAUGGAGGUCAUGUCUCCACUCAAGAAUGGCAUGAUUGAAGACUGGGACAGUUUCCAAGCUAUUUUGGAUCACACCUACAGGAUGCACUUCAAGUCAGAACCAAGCCUGCAUCCCGUACUUAUGUCUGAAGCAUCAUGGAACACACGAGCAAAACGAGAGAAACUGACCGAAUUGAUGUUUGAACACUACAACAUUCCCGCCUUCUUUCUUUGCAAAUCAGCCGUGCUGUCCGCCUUUGCCAACGGCCGGUCGACGGGCUUGGUCCUGGACAGCGGAGCCACACACACCACAGCCAUUCCGGUGCAUGAUGGCUACGUCCUCCAGCAAGGCAUUGUCAAGUCACCCCUGGCUGGAGACUUCAUGAGCAUGCAGUGUCGAGAACUCUUCCAAGAGUUAAACGUUGAAAUAAUUCCACCUUACAUGAUUUCAACAAAGGAUGCAGUGCGAGAGGGGUCGCCGGCCAGCUGGAAGAAAAAGGAGAAACUACCUCAAGUCACCCGCUCCUGGCACAACUAUAUGUGCAAUUGUGUCAUCCAAGAUUUCCAGGCAUCCGUGCUGCAGGUGUCUGAUUCGCCAUACGACGAACAGGUUGCUGCCCAGAUGCCGACAGUGCACUAUGAGCUUCCCAAUGGGUACAACUGUGACUUUGGAGCGGAGAGGUUGAAAAUACCCGAGGGCCUUUUCGACCCCUCUAACGCCAAGGGCUUGUCGGGAAACACGAUGUUAGGAGUCGGCCACGUGGUGACAACCAGCGUGGGAAUGUGCGACAUUGACAUUCGGCCGGGUCUGUAUGGCAGCGUAGUGGUGACGGGAGGAAACACGCUCAUUCAGGGCUUCACUGACCGACUCAACAGAGAAUUGUCCCAGAAAACGCCACCAAGCAUGCGACUGAAGCUUAUAGCCAACAACACAACAGUCGAGCGCAGGUUCAGCGCUUGGAUCGGAGGCUCCAUCCUUGCAUCACUUGGAACCUUCCAGCAAAUGUGGAUCUCCAAACAAGAGUAUGAGGAGGGAGGAAAGCAGUGCGUGGACAGAAAGUGCCCUUGAUUGAUGAAAAAACAAAUAAAUCUCAUUUUGUAUUUUUUUUUUUUUUUUGAGUUUGUCCACAUACCGUGUUUGUGAAUGUGUUGUAGCAGCAUACACAUUCACAAUUAAGUCUAUCACUUUGUUGAAGUGAAAUUAAAUUUCUUUGCCAUAAUA